AUGUCUUCCAGUGGAAGAAAAAGUGUUCUUACAAAUUUAAAUCCUUUAUUUAAUUCAGAUAACGCCCAUUUUCCAUUGACAACAGAUACGUUUAGAAAAUAUGUGAGAGAGGAUCUUAUAUCAAGCUCUGAAAUGUUCGUCACAUUGCACUAUGAUUCACGCAGCAUGGGUCACAGUCUUCUAUCAAGUCAUAGGAAACCCUUUUCAGCUGAAAUCAGUACUGAUUCUCCUUAUCAGAAGCCAAAGGGAAGCAAAAAGAAUAUUUACAAUUUGGUUGCAGAAUCGAACAAAUUUAUUGUUGAAGGAAAGGAAAAUAAUAAUAACUAUCCAUCUCCGGCUCACAGAUAUACAGUGAACUUUUCAAAACUGUGUUCUAGCCAAGUGGGAGCAGAACAUAUGGAUUAUUAUGACUUUGAAUACAGAGAUUCAGGUGCAUGUUUUUACAGAAAUUCGAUUUUUAGUUGUGGCGAUCAACAUCAAAAUUGGUUUGGUAUUAUUCCUAAUGAUGGAGCAGUAGCCAUAAGUCUAGCGAAAACAUCAGUAUAUUUCAAAUCAAAUUACAAUACAUCACUAUCAGAAGAUAAGCAACUGAACUCAAAUGCCGCUAAUAUUUCCUGUAAAGAGAGCAGUUGCGAUAAGAAUCUACAAACUUUUGAAAAGCAGACUGAAAGUAAAAAUUGCGGAGAAAACUUGAGCUAUUUACCAGCGUGGUUGGUAAUAGUUCGACGUGAACAAGGUUCAGAUCUACGUGGUUGUGUAAUAAACAAGAGUUUAAUAGAAAACAAUAAAUCUAUAUCUUCAUUAAUCAUAAAUGAACCUAAUAUGAACAAUCCUACUAUUAAUACAAGUAAUAACAGUUUACCAACAAACCUAAUCACAACAAAUAUUACUAAUGAUAAUUCACCAAUAACAGAAAUAUCGCUUAAAACAAGUCUAUCAACAACAAAAUCAAUAUCAUUAUCAUCAAUGAACACAACAACAACAACAAAAACGACAACAACAACUACGAGUAUAUUGAAUAAUUCACAAUUGAUAAUGAUGAAGAAAAAAUCAGCCAAAAAGAAUUCAACAAAAUUAAAUGAUACUUUAUUGAAUAUUACUGAUGAACAAUUAGUAUUGCAGUAUUUAAUAAAGAAUGAAAAUAUUAUGGAUUAUUUAAAACCUGGUGUACCAGAUAGAAUAGUUUAUGAAAAAUUAUUGAAAUUAGAUGAAAUGGAAUUAUUGAACAAUCACAAAUUCGGUGUAUUAUUAUGCCGAAAAAAUCAGUCAACUGAAGAAGAAAUGUACAACAAUGAACACUCAACACCAGAAUUUGAAGAAUUUUUAAAGCUUUUAGGUCGUAAAGUUCGUCUUCGUAACUAUUCUGGAUAUAUUGGCGGAUUGGACUAUCGGAAUGACUCAACUGGAUUGGAGACAUAUGUUACUGAAUUUCGUGGAACAAAUAUUGUAUUCCUUGUAUCUACACUUCUUCCAUAUGAACCUAAUAAAACAGAACAGUUAGCUAGAAAACGACAUAUUGGUAAUUCAUCUGUCACAUUUAUAUUUGUUGAAGAAGAUGCUAUGCCAUUUCAACCGGAUACAAUAAUUUCAGGAUUUCAAAAAGUAUUCAUUAUAGUGAAAUAUAUUCGUUUAAAUAAUGAUGUCGAUGAUAAGAAUAAUUAUAAAUUUGGUUAUCGUGUAGCUGUUUGUCGAGCAAAAGAUGUACCACAAUUCGGACCAAUUAUAUCAAGUGAUUAUUUAUUUGAACAUCAUCUAUCGUUUGGCAAUCUAUUAUUAACUAAAGCUAUUAAUGCAGCUUAUGCUGUAUUGAAAUAUUCAAAAUUUCGUGAAAUUAUGCAACGUUCAAGAAGAGACUAUCUUCAUCAAUUCUGUAAUGAACAUACAAUUAAUACAGACAAUGAGAAUUUAAAACAUGGUAAAAUGCAUUUAUAUCGAAGACAUUCACAAGAUAAAUUAAAACAAUUAAAAAAUUCAAUAAAAUUUCGUGUAAAUGUAACCUCAUCUUCAAUAGAUCGUGAAUUCAUGCCUAUAAAAUAUCAUUCUGAUAGAAUAAUACCAUUUAAUCAACAAAACAAUAAUAAUAAUAAUGUUAAUGAUCCAAAAUCAUUUGAUGAUUUAUAUAAAAUACAUCAACCUGUAAAACGUAAUCAUUCUGAAUUAUUAAAAUCAAAUUAUGAUUAUCAUGGAAAUUAUUUAGAUAAAUCUAAUGAAUAUAUUCAUUUAUCAAAUACAUUUCAUAAUUUACUUGAUUUUGGUCAAAGUUUAUAUGUUGGUUUAAAAAAAUGGCAAAAAAUAGAUGGAUGGCAUUCAGUCAUGGAAUUAUUACCCAAUUCAUCAUCAUUAUUAAAUAAUAAUAAUAAUAAUAGUAAGGAUAUAUAUUCAACAGAUGGUUCUGUCUAUAGACCUUUAACCAAUAAUCAUUAUUUUGAAACACAAAUUGGUAUUAAUCGAAAUUGGUUAGUCAUUUUUGCUCCAUAUACUAUAUCAUCAGAUUUAGCUAAUAAAAUUCUUUUAGCUAUCCCAUUGACAUCAAUAUUUGCUUGUUUAUUUGAACAUAAUAGAAAAGUAUUACGUAUCUACUUUGAUUGUGGACAAUAUGUACAAAUACAAGAUAUAUAUAAUUCAUAUGAUUCAAAUGAACAAAAUACAUUAGAACAAUUAAUCAAUUUUAUUUCUUAUUGUAUAUAUCCAAAAGUAUUACAAAAGUGUAGUCAAGUUGUAAUGAAAAUUAGAAAUAAUUCAAUUCAUCACAAUGAUCAUGAUAUAAAUAAUAAUGAAAAAUCUCUUAUUCAUCAUAUUGAUAAAACUAAUCAUGAUAAUCAAUUACAAGGAGAAUCAAAGAAAUCAAUAAAUCAACAAUUAAUCAAUAAUACUACCAAUAAUAAUAAACAUUCAAUUAUCAUAAAUAAUAAUAAUAAUAAUAAUAAUUGGUCCAUAUCAGAAAUUGGAUUAAGUUUAUCAUGUUUAAAUCCUAAUGAUAAUUAUAAUAUUCUUUAUUCAUCAUCUAAUUCAUUAUCAUUAUUAUCUUAUUCAUCUUAUUUAUCACCAUUUAAUAUAAAUCCAUUUCCAUAUAUUAUAAAUUUACAAAAAAAUAAUAUUGAUUUUAAUUUAAAUCAACAAAUCAAUAAACAAAUUUUAUUACAAAUUGGUUCAUAUCAUUUACCAGAAUUAAUUCGUUAUAUACAAAGUAAAAAAUCGAUAUGGUGUUUACAAAAAUUAAAUAUAUCAGGACCAUUUUAUAAUUUAUAUUUUCCAUUAAUAUAUGAUAUACAAUUUUCAACAUAUUUAUUAACUUUAAUUAAUAAAUUAAAAUUUUCUAAUAUAAUUAAAUUAAUUAUAUGUGAUUUACCAGAAAUUGAAAUAUUAAAUCGUGCACGUAUUAGAUCACAUCGGAAUCAAUAUGUUAAAUAUUAUAUUAAUAAUCAUAAUCAUAAUCAUAAUAAUGUUCGAAAAGAUAUACGCUUUUCACAUCCUCCAACAUUAAGCAUUGACAAUCAUCCUCAGCAGCAGCAGCAGCAACAACAACAACACCGCCAUCAUCAUCGACAUGAUGAAUGUUGUGAAACUUCUAUAGAAUUCAUUUCAUCUAAAGAUAAUUUAUUAUCAUUAAGUCAUUUACCGCAUAUUAUAAAUGUAUCUAAUAUAGAUUCUAAUGAAAAUAUAAAAAUUAAAGGAAAUUCACAAGAUUUUAUAAAUUUCUAUGGAAUUAAACAAUCAAAUCGAAAGUAUCAUUCAUUAGAUGUUCAACAAAUCUUUUCAUCAACUGACUUGUACACAAAUUUACAAUGUCAAGAAAUAGCUGAUAACAAAUUAAUAACUAAAAAUAACAAUGAAAAUCCAACUGAUUUCACUUCAAAUGGUUUACAAACAAUGAAUUUAAUUGAAACAGCUAAUUGUGUUCAAUCAAGAAGAAGAACACGUAAACCUGAAUUAAUUUUCAUGAAACAGUCAAAUCAUAUGGAUCCAACAACUGUUAGUCUGCCAAAAAACGAAGAACUAUGUUUGAAUAAAGAAACGGUAAUAAGAAUAUCCAACAGUAAUCAUCAAGACAAAAAUGAAACAUGUCCAAGGAGUGUGAAUGACCAGAACUAUCUUAAAUCAUUUCAGAAUAACUCUCCAAUUCCUGAAAAUAACAAAAUACAAGUCACUAAAAUAUCUACUAUAAACCAAAAUGAUUUAAGUGAAUCUUCAUUAUCUACAUUGAAUCCGGAUUCAAAUAAAACUAAUGAUUUAUCAUUAAAUAAUUCAUUGAAUUCAAAUGUUGAUACAACAUUCCAUAUACCAGUGAAAUGGAGACGAGCUAAAACUGAAAAAAUUCAUUCACAUUGUAAUACAGAUGCUAGAAUUAUUACAAUACGUCGUCGAUUACAAUCAGCUGGAACAAAUACAUGGAAUACGAAAUUACAUGACAAUACUACAUUCAGUAAAUUGGAACAAAGUCGAUCAAAUAAUUUAACAGUGAAUAGUAAUAUGAAAUUCAAAAAUUCUUCAAUAGAUUAUAUACCACUAAUAAAACAAAAAAGUAGAUUAAAAAUAACUAAAGAAACUUUUACACAAUCAUCACACGAUACAAAUGAAUUGAAUAAUAAUAAUAAUAAUAAUAACAAUAAUAAUAAUAAUAAUAAUAAUAACAAUACAAUGAAUAACUGUAAUAGAGAAGUUAAACAAGAUCUAACAAAUGAUCAAUUAUAUGAUUUAACAAAAUUAAAUGAAAAUGAACUACGAAAUUAUUUAAGAAAAAUAAAUGAACAACUCCUAUUGGAACAAUCCCGUCGAAAUCAUUUAGCAAAUAUGUGUGCUGAUCUACUGGAGGAAAAUCGUAAACUUCGUAACGAUCAAUCAGACAAUAUGAAUAAACAAACAGAACAACAAAUGGUAACAACUAAUACUUCUACUUCACUGAUGAAUCAGCCAAAUGAACCAAUUUAUAAGAAUUACAAAGGUAAAAAAGUCAAGUUAAGUUUUAUCAAUGGGAAAAUUAAACAGAUAAGUAGUAAUCCAAGCAUAUGGAGGAAAUCUAAGGUAAAAUCUCCUAGUUUUAAUAACGAGACAGAUUUGUAAAUGAUAUAUAUAUAUAUAUAUAUAUAU